AUGCGAGAUACCCAGCUGCAGCUCCUUCAAGUAGCUCGCCUCGGCGCCGCCGCACCCUUCAGACCAGACAGCCCGCGUUCCCGCACCAAGUCACAGCGGUCCUCGUCGCAGCACUGGAACCAGUAUCCACCCCGGACCGCCGAGACUCGCCGCUGGCGUCCCUCGUACCUAGACUGUCAUCAUCAGCAGCAGCAGCAGCAGCCACAGCGCGACGUGUGUACGGCAUUGCAGACGCCGCUCAAUCGCAAACAGGUGACCUUUUACGGCGUGCCCGAUAGUAGCGGUAUCGGCGUCGGCAGCGGUGGCGGCGGUGGUGGUGCCGCGCAGGUCACAGGACCGGCGCGCGAACACAGGCGGCGGCAGCGGCAGCGUCAGCAGGCGGCGGAGGCGGAGGCAACGGCGGCCAAGCCGGGCGGGUCGCUGGCGAGAUACUUGAGUGCGGCGCUGAGUUCGAUGCAAGCGAUGACGGCGCGUUUCGUGAUUGUACAAUUUGAUCCUCGACCGGCUCCUCGACUGGUCGCGGUGCGGCGCACGAGGCUCGGGUCAGACACCACGGCACGGGAACAGGAACAGGCCGCGCGCCUUCCAUCUUCGACAACGCAUCCCGGCCCCGGACAGGACCGGGCCGCGCACGCCCACCAGCGGCAGCACACGCUCGUGCGGCGCGCGCCGGAGCCGGUGACGGGCGAAGUUGCAACGAAUCGCCAUAGCAGGACCAGCCCGCGUCGAUACGCGCUCAUCAAAAUGCACGACGGUGCGAAUCUCGUAAGACCAGCUACCGAUUCUGCUGUUGCCGCGGGCACAGCGCAGCGGCCUGACAACAUAACGGGCCUGUCGCCUCGCGCUAGAUGCAGUAGCUGA